CCGGGCUGGCUCCAUGGUGUCCGGCUCAGCCUGUGUUUUGCGAUCUGUCCGUUCCCGACCUCCUGUCCGUGCUUCGGCACCUUCGCGCUGUGGGGAUGGCCGCGCGCUGCGGGGCGGCGCGUUCCCCAGCGGCCGGGCCGGGAGCUCGGGGCCGGGGCUCGGAGCUGCGCGCUCCCUCAGCAGUGCCCUGCGGCUGCGCGGCACCUGGCGGCAGCUCUGCUGCGUUCCGACCUGAGGUCGGGUCGGGGCUUCCUUGUUCGCGCUCUGUUUCGUUUUACAGGUCUCACGCUCGGAAAUGAGCUCUGCCCCUUCCUGCAGAUGAGCAGGGCUCCUACGGAUAUUUGAGUGCCCUCUGAUGUUCUGGAAAGCUUUGGGAGGCCUCUGUCUGCCACAGAGGGGGAACUCCCGUAGCAGUUCAGUUCUGUCCCCAGAACAUUUCUGCUUCCUUCACUGUGCAGUUUUGUCCACGCUGCAGUUGCUCAUACAGUUUGUAAGCAGUCCUUCCACCUGCACCGGUUAUGACUGAUGUGGUUGCACUUCUGCUGCGACCUGGCUUUUCUGCUGGGUAACUGGGAGGCUUUCUCACCCUCCUUUCAGGUUUUUGUGGAAACGAGGUGCAGAGACUGAUUUCACAAGUCCUGAGAAAAGUCAAAGGGAAGUUUUUGUAUAUUGGAAGCUUUGCAGCACGAUAGUUACUUAUCUUGACCUACCGUGAGUUCUCCAACAGCUGCAAACCACCACUGACUUGUUUGGUCUCUGGAUUUUAACUGUACUUUGUGUCUUUGCAGGCUUUGUGUCUAUACUGGGAGCUAAGGCCAGUUUUCACUAGAAAUCCUGUCAUCAUUAAUGGUUGUUAAAAUUACGGAUAAGCAAGUGAUACAUAGGGGCCUUCAGCCCUCCAAGUGGAGAGUUGAGGUGUAUUGUCAGAACUAGAUGUCAUUGGAAGUAUGGGUAUGAGCUCUGCUUCUAUACAAGCCCCCCUCCCUGAAACAUUGGUACAGGUAGCUGUAGCUAAAGGUGGUUGGUUUGGUGCUCUGCCUAGACUGGUAAUCUCUGCUAGGCAAGAAGUCUAAUUCGCAUUGUUUUCACAGUAAAGCUUUGCCACUGGAAUAAAAAUUAUUUGAAAAGAACAGUUCAGUAGUUGCAAGCUUGUUUUUACAUAUACUUCAUAUGGGUGCAAGAUGGGGUUAAAUUGCAAUAGAUAAACUGAGCAGCUGAAUAAAAUUCCCUGCACAUUUUUGCAUCAGACUUACUGACUUGAUUUCAAGCAGUCUGACCAACUGCUUGUAACUCUAUGCAAAUAUUGCAAGUGUAUAACCAAAUAAGUCUGAGUCUAGUCCUUCCCUUGCCUACAGCUCUAAUUUUUGGGGCUUUUGUGUACCUGUGUCCUAGAUUCAUAAAGCAAUCCAGAUGUUCCGUCCUGCAGCUGUAUAGCGUGUACUAAGUGACUACACCUCAAAGUGUAUCUGUAGUGAAACUAGAGUCGUUGCCACUAUGCUUGGCAUGAUUUGUAUGCCCUUUGUUUGACCUAAAUAAGGUUUAAAGUGAUUCUUAAUGCUCGAGAAAUAAAAUCACUAAAAUAUUGUCUCUAACUUUUUUCAUAUCUUGAACAUAUUUGCAUCUAGAAGCUUAAGUAUCACUUUCUGGCCCUGUUAGCUUUGUAUGUGUAUAUUCACUUCAGUGCAUUACUGUUACAGAACAGCUUUAUAAUGACACCGAGUAUUAUAGCUACUCUUCACAGAUUUUUUCUUUUGAUUUUGAAACCCAUAGAAAUAGUUUAGUAAAGAAAGUAGAGCAAAAAAAUCUGGGAACGCACAGCAGAAUCUAGAGUAAGGAGCAUCUGAAAGCGAAGGUUUCUGUGGUUUGCUCUGAGAAAACUUGAGCCUCCACGUCAUUUUUGAAGUGACCUGUAUCUCUAGGGUCAUUCCAUACUGCACGUUCUGAGGAGGAGCAGCAGGAUCUUAAAAGGCUCCUGUGCUAACUGUAAGCGUGAUUUAACCUUUGGUAGGUCAUUGGAAGGUGAUAUGGUUCCAUGUGGUGCUCACCAGUCUUCUGCAACUCUAGGUCAAUUUCUGUGCUCCAUAGUGGUAAAGCGCUGCUGGUCUCAGACCUGUCUAGAGAUAAGGCUGUGAAUGGUUGAAAGAUUUGGUGACUUACUCUAAAGUGAGUUCCUGUAUUUGUUCUAUUUAGUCUGUCUUGACUAAUGUGGGGAAACACUGUCACUAAAAAAAUAUUUUUCUGGUCAGAGUAGCUGACAAAAGAAACAAACACUGUCACGGUGCGUUGCACUCACCCAGCUGCUAGGUGGAAUGCUAGCAGCUAGAUGGAGUCUUUAAAAUAGAGUUAUUAGAAAUAGCUGAUGGCAGUUUUGGUUAUGUGUUACAGUGCCAAGAAAGGGGAGAAAGAAGUGCAACUUGCAGCUUUGUCAGCCAUCUCCGUCCUGCGUACUGUAACAGCUAGAAGAGAUGGUUAAAAAAUGCUCAUUUUACAUAUAUAGCUUUUUUUUUCAAUUUAAAGAAUCGAGUGAUUAUAUAGUUGAAUUUUUACAUCUGAAAUUAUAUUAAUUUCCUAAGGGAAAUUCUGUGUUGUUUUUCUUCAUUUUUAGUCAUGAACAGUGAAGAAAUAAUAAUAAUAAAGUGAUACUUGUUUGUCUAUCUAAAAAGAAAAACGACUGUUGGGAUUUUCUGUGCAAAUUAGUGCUGAUUUGCUCCCCCAGCCUCCCUCUUGUAUUGAGAUUCUGAGAGUCCUUUGCCCCGUGGCCUUAAACAUAACCAACAAAACAUGGUUUGCAACUCCAGUCAUGCUGGCAGUGAUUUCUCUAAGCAAACAAAAAAACACACGGAGGGCAUCUUGUUUAAUCUGUGUUGAGAAUGCUGUUUUCCUACUGAAUCUUUUUACUUUUGAAUGGAGUGUUUUCAUGAUGUCGUGUCUCUCGCUUUACACAAACUACAUCCAGUACAAUUCCAUUGUAGGAGUUCGUCACAAAUCAGUUGCUCUGUCAUCCUGUCAGAAGAGAAUUGGAUGCAACUCUUCCAUCCUUGCUGUUGCACAAGUCUCAGGUAAGUGGGUUGUCAAGGUGGCUUGAAAAAAAAACCCAGAAGAUGUUUCACAUUGUUCAGUAUCGACCUUUGAGACUGAUAACACGAAACAGUCUUUCUAGAAUUUGUUUAAAACUGAUGUUUUCAAGACUGGUAACAUUUGAACAGAUAUCGAAGUCACGGUUCUCGAGCCAUUCUCUUGUUGGAAACAAAAAUAUUAUCCUGAUGGGACCUCCGGGUGCUGGGAAAACAACAGUUGGGAGAAUAGUAGGUCAGAAACUAGAUUGCCCUGUCAUAGAUGUAGAUGAUGAUGUCCUUGAAACAACCUGGAAUAUGAGUGUGUCAGAAAAACUGCAGGAUGUUGGUAACGAGCAAUUUUUAGAGGAGGAAGGAAAAGCCCUUUUGAAGUUUUCAGCAUCUGGAAGUGUCAUUUCCCUUAGUGGGUCCAAUCCAAUGCACACUGCUGGCAUGCAGCAUGUGAAGAGAAAUGGAAUAGUUGUGUAUCUUGAUGUGCCCACAACGGUCAUUAUGAGUCGGCUGAAGUCAAUGAAAGUGGAUCGCAUUGUGGGCCAGGGUCCUGCUACUUCUCUCAAGGACAUACUUCAGUUUAGGAAGCAGUUCUACAAAAGGUGGUAUGAUGUCCGUGUUCUUUGUGGAGGCUCUAUGGCAGCAGAGGUUGUAGCAGAAAAGGUGCUUGAUGCUGUGAAGAGAUACCAGAACUCCGAAGUGGAAACUUAUGUUUCAACUAGGAGCACACAAAAAAACUCUCAGAAGUAUUUCAGUGACGUUGUUAUUGAAGGCUUAGCCUCGGACGGAGGACUCUUUGUUCCUGAGAGAGGACUUCCAGAACUGACUGCUGAAGAAUGGCAAAGCAUAAUAGAAGCAACUUAUGCUGAAAGAGCCCAGGUGAUACUAGAGAGAUGCAUACAUCCUGCUGAUAUUCCUGCUUCUAAACUGAGAGAAAUUAUUGGAACUGCUUAUGGAGAAAACUUUACUUGUUCUAAAAUAGCCCCGGUUAGGCAUCUGACAGGUAAUCAGUUUCUCCUUGAGUUAUUUCAUGGACCAACAGCUUCAUUUAAAGAUUUUGCAUUACAGAUGAUGCCACAUAUAUUCGCAUACUGCAUUCCCAGGAGCUGUAAUUACUUGGUUCUGGUAGCUACUUCUGGUGACACAGGGAGUGCUGUCCUAGAUGGCUUUAGUCGUCUCCAUGACACUGAUAAACAGAGAAUUGCUGUGAUGAGUUUUUUUCCUGAGGAUGGAGUAAGCCCGAUUCAAAAAUCACAGAUGAUUGGUUGUCAGAAGGAGAAUGCCUGGUCAGUAGGUGUCAAAUCUGAUUUUGACUUUUGCCAGACUGCUAUGAAGAAAAUCUUUGCUGACUCUGAUUAUACUGGCUAUCUUACAGUAGAAUAUGGCACCUCUUUAGCAGCAGCAAACUCCAUAAACUGGGCACGACUGCUUCCUCAGGUAGUUUAUCAUGCCUCUGCAUACCUCGAUCUUGUUCAUCAAGGUAUUAUUGCGUUUGGAGACCCUGUAGACAUUUGCAUUCCUACAGGGAACUUUGGCAACAUAUUAGCUGCUUUGUAUGCUAAAAUGAUGGGAAUCCCUAUUAGAAAAUGCAUUUGUGCUUCCAAUGAAAACAAUGUCUUGACUGACUUUAUAAGAACAGGUAUUUAUGAUUUGAGGGGAAGAAAAUUAAUUCCAACUUUUUCACCAGCAAUAGAUAUUUUGAAGUCCUCCAAUCUUGAGCGAUACUUGCACCUGAUUGCUGAUGGUGAUGGACAGCUGGUGACACAGUUAUAUAACCAGCUGGAAACUCAGGGCCACUUUCAGCUGCGGAAAGAUCUACUUGAAAAGCUUCAGCAGGACUUGGUGGCUGGGUGGUGCUCUGAGGAGGACUGCCUUGCUGCCAUUCACUCUGUCUACAGCACUACAGGAUAUAUUCUGGAUACACAUACAGCUGUUGCUAAAGUAGUUGCAGAUCGAUUACAAGAUAGAACUUGUCCAAUUAUUAUUUCAUCUACAGCUCAUUAUUCUAAGUUUGCACCUGCUAUCUUGAGGGCCUUGAGGAUUACAGAAAUAAAACAAAACCCAUUAAGUCAACUUCACUUGCUGAGUUCUUACAGCCCUCUGCCUCCAGUCCACUGGGGCCUAAUAGAGACACUGAAAAAGAAUGAGAAUGAGGGUCACCGGAUCUGCACCGCUGAUCUAAGUAUGUUGAUGUCUUGUAUAGAAACCUUAAUUCAAGGUCAUUUUAUGAAAGUUUUCUGAAGGACUGGUCAGACGUCUACUGUGUCGUUCGUGAUACUUUAACCAACUGCAUGUUUUAAUAAAGUCUUGGUUUAUCUGGCCUGUGUCCAGUUCAUAGCAUAACAUCCACAGUUGUAUACUCAAUUGUCACAUUUUCAGCAGUGUUCUUAAGUAAUCCAUGUGAGAUUUCUAGUAGCGCUGGAUGGUUCUGAAUUGAGCGACUAGAAGCCUGGAGCACUCCUGCAGGCCAUGUAUCCUACGGACAGCAGCAGUGCAGGCUUUCCUUGGCAGUGCUGUCUCCUUCACAACCUGAAGCAUUCUCCCCUGAAAGAGGGAGGUAAUGAAGUCUGACCUUCCUGGAGGUAAUAGCUCUAGUUUUGUUGCAAGAAUGAUGUGAUCACUUGACCAGGGGUGAUUAGUUAAAGUUUAACUCACUUAGAACAACAAAACACGGUAAGAUAGUGAUGAUACUCAAAUAGUACUAAUGAAGUUUGAUUUCACUAUAAAGAUUAAAGCAUACAUAUACUGUUAAUCCUUGAACCAUGCAAUUUUAUGGUAUGCUAUUUUCUUGCCCAGUGUUCCUUUUAUGUUUUGUGAGGCCAACGUUUAUGCAAAAAAUCUGGUUAUUUUGUUUUUCAGACAUCUUUUUCCUUCCAGAUAUUUUCCUGUGUAAGAUGGAAUCCUUUAAUAUUUACAACUUUUGAGAUGCAAUCCUCCAGUGUACCAGUAGUCUUUCCUAGAUCUUUUCUAGUUCACUUUUCAACAUUACAAUACUUUUAAAAUGCUAUUUACUAGUGUUAGCAUCAGUCUCCCCAGAUGAGAUCAAAACUUAAGUAUUUAUUUACAUUUAUUUGUUGGAUUCUAUGUUUUUUUUUCUUAGAGUUCAUGUAGCUUCUGUUGUCAUAUUUUUAGAUGAAUGUCCUCAACAUUCUAUUCUAUCCAUGCUUUGCAUGAAUUACAAUAAGGAGGUGUCUCAGAGGUCUUGGUAUCUCUUCAAGGAAGGUGAAGAAUGAAUUUCAGUGCCUGGCAAGUGCAACAGCAUCAGAGGUAUUCAUUGUGCAACCUGAAAUAGGUCUGUGCUAGCAGCCUGUGUCUUUGCUAAUGACGGGCUCUGUGUUGUGCUGGUCAUUUUGUUGUUGUUUUGUUUUUUAAUUUAAAAAAAAAUAGAACAUAUUGCCUGAGGAGAUUGUGUGCUUAUGGGCAAUCUUACUCUGUGAAUUGUAGAUUAUAUUUGGCAAGAGUAGGAAAUAUAUCUACUUUCCAUGCUAUGAGAAAUGCUAAGAUAAUGUGUUGGCGAGUUGUGAAUGGCAGCCAGUUACAGGUAAAGAGCUGGGAGUUGUCAGAUGGGAGUACAAACAGCUACGGGAGGCUGUGGUUCUCACCAAGAUUCAAAAAGAGAAAGGUAUUGGCAAGAGAGAUGGUAAGUGGUGCCAUUUUUGCCUCUUGGAGAAGCAACAUCUCAUAUAUGUCAGGACUCUGUUCCCAAAAUAUAGAGACAACUAUGCUCAUGGAAUCGUGCUUUCCCUUCCUCAUGUGUCUGCUUGUACUUUCUGCCACAUGAGAGGUGAAGAAAACACUAUCCAGCAAACUACGUGAAAAAAUUCUCCGUUUAUGUAGUAUUUCAGUGUAAGCUGAAAGACCCAAUGUGAUGUGCAUUUGCCACAGUGAAUGUGUUGUAUAGUAAAGUUAUAUGGAGCUGAUAAAGGUGUGAGUGACAAAAUGGCUUUCUGGGUUCUGCCAUUUUUGGAUGCCUUUCCAAGAUCUGUCAUGUUACUUUUUUUGUUCAGACCUCAUUUCUUAUUUCUGUGGUAACUUUGGAAAAUCUCUUUCUAACAUGACAGUGACCAUACAAUAUAUAAUUUAAAAAUGUUGCAUAAGUGUAUUGCCAAAAAAAGAACCAUUGUGUAGGUGAUUAGUGCCCAUCCACCUUGCAUUUCUGAAUUUAUCAGUUUGGUUCUUACACUAGUCCCAAGUGUAACACUACAAUACAUGAAUUCUAAAUAUUUAAAGUUAAAAAAAAAAAAAAAAGCCAGGUUUCUAUUACUGGAAUGGGAAUGGGUUUCAGCGUAAGGACUCAGUGGAAAUUCUGUACUAUGUGACUCCGUGAAGCUUAAUGCUAUAUGUAUCAUAAAGAAAUUUGUCACAUGCAGUUGCAGUGCGUUCUUGAAAUACUUCCAGAGAGGAGCUUGUUUUCAUAGGAAGUACCUAAAAGAGAAAAGCUGAGGUUCUAAACAAGAUUAGGCUAGAAGCCUGUGACCUACCUUGAAGUAACUGAUUAUUAGAUAGUAAGAACAAAACAACAAGUCUAACAGGAUUUAUUUUGGCAUGACUCAGACAAUCAAUAUUUCAAAGUUCAUGGCUGAAGCUUGAUUUGAAGGGGAAAGUAUUAGUUAAAUUCCUAUUUGCAAUGUUUCACGUGGUAUGAAAAUAUUAAGGGUUGAUACGGUUACAUGAACUCACUAAGAAUUCAGUUGUACUGAAGGGCUUUUAAUGUGAAGCUGAAAUACAUAAAGGUAGUGAUUAAAGAGCAUGUAUAGUACUAGUACAUUUCUGUAAAUGUCUUAACAAUACAAUACUUGCUCUAUUGCAUUGUUUAGGAAAAGUAAUUGAACUUUGUCAUACGUGAGGUGAACCAACUGUGUGCCUCCGUCUCACUUUGACAUACUGGGCCUGAAGGGAUGGGAGAGGAGCAAAUAACUUCCAGUGUGCUCACUGCUAAGAGUGGUGAAGGGGACAGAGGACAGUGAGGGAAGCAAUCGUUUUUCCCAGCCCGGCUUCUGUAAAUGUCAUUCAGCAAAAUACUGUAGUUCAACAAACAUUGUGCCACUGUGAUUGCACUUUUUCCCUUGCUACCAGUUUCAUGAAAGAUUCAAAGGGCAUUAGCCAUCGAGUGAGUACAAGUGCUGUUUUUUGUCUUUUUCAGAUGUUGCAUGACAACAUCCCAUGUGUAUAAUGUUUACUAUUCUUUAAGAAAAAAUGAUGCGCUAAUGAUGCACAGAAGCGCAUGUACAUUCUGAUGGUCAGUAGGAUUCUUAAAGCUGUUUGGGAUUGAUGUACUCAUUUGCUCCUAUUUGCUUAAAGAUAAGAUGUUGUGGUCUAAACAAAUAUGAGCCAGAUUUACAGAGAGUGGCAGAAAUGAGUAUAUAUGUGUACAGCUUGGUAAUGGCAUAGCUUUAUUUAAGCUAUUAGUUUCUGCUGGUUUGCUUUUCUGAACACUAAUGCUACAUGUAAAAUCUUAAAGGCAGAUGUAACAAGGAACGGUUUGUAAUGCCAAUGUUUAUACUUCUUGUUAUAAGAAAUAUUUAUAUGGAAAAUACUUCUUCUUGCAGUCUUACUAUCUGCUCAUUACUUGCCUUAAGUCACAGUCCUGCUUCUCAGGGUGACAGUGAUUUUAGGUAAAGGGUCAAUAGAGCAGUUUCAGUUGACUUCAAAAGAGAGUUCUGUUUUCUUAAUGUCUUAAAAUUUAAAAAGAACUGCUAUCUAUGUUUUGAAAGUAACAGGAUAUUUAGUGGAUGAAACUCUGAAUGGAAGAUCGUUGUUUUUCAGGAGAUCAGCUUUGCUCUGUGAAGACAUCAAGAAUGCGCAUUGUUAUUCUGAUCACGUUUGGUAUGCCUGAAGUAUGCGUAUAGUUGUUUGUGUCCACUACAUUUUUUCUGAAUAAAUACUUCAGGAUCCACACUA